GUUUAAAUCACAUGGUGGCUGCGGGCCGCAGGCCGCGUUAAAAAUAUAGCCGUGGUGACUGGAAUUUCUCUCUGGGUGUCAGAGCUCGGAACUGACCUGGAGGAUGUUGGGCUCAAAGAACAUGCCCUGGCGGCGGCUGCAGGGCAUUUCCUUCGGGAUGUAUUCGGCCGAAGAGCUCAAGAAAUUAAGCGUUAAGUCCAUUACAAACCCUCGGUACCUAGAUAGCCUGGGGAACCCAUCGGUGAACGGCCUGUACGAUCUGGCUCUGGGCCCCGCAGACUCCAAAGAGGUGUGCUCCACCUGCGUGCAGGACUUCAGCAACUGCUCCGGGCACCUGGGCCACAUCGAGCUCCCGCUCACCGUGUACAACCCUCUCCUCUUCGAGAAACUCUACCUGCUGCUCCGGGGUUCCUGUUUAAACUGUCACAUGCUGACUUGCCCCCGGGCUGUGAUUCACCUGCUGCUCUGCCAGCUGAGAGUUCUGGAAGUCGGGGCCCUACAAGCAGUGUACGAGCUGGAGAGAAUUCUGUACAGGUUUCUGGAAGAAAAUGCUGAUCCUACUGCCUUCGAAAUUCAGGAAGAGUUAGAACGAUAUACAACCAAAAUCCUACAGAACAACCUCCUGGGAUCCCACGGCGCACAUGUAAAAAAUGUCUGUGAGAGCAGGAGCAAGCUCAUUGCUUUCUUCUGGAAGUCACACAUGACUGCUAAGCGAUGUCCCCACUGCAAAACUGGGCGGUCAGUUGUCCGAAAGGAGCACAACAGCAAACUGACAAUCACAUAUCCGGCCGUGGUGCACAGGAAAGCAGACCGGAAGGACACUGAGCCCCAGGCUCCAGGAAUUGAGGACGCUCAGUUGGGAAAACGAGGAUACUUGACACCCACCAGCGCUCAAGAACAUCUCACGGCUCUUUGGAAGAAUGAAGGAUUCUUUCUGAAUUACCUUUUUCUGGGACUGGAAGAUGUUGGCAUGGAGUCCAGAUUCAAUCCCAGUAUGUUCUUUCUGGAUUUCUUGGUGGUGCCACCCUCAAGGUAUCGCCCCGUCAGCCGCCUCGGGGACCAGAUGUUUACCAACGGCCAGACGGUGAACCUGCAGGCUGUCAUGAAGGAUGUGGUUCUGAUCCGAAAGCUUCUGGCGUUGAUGGCCCAAGAACAGGAGCUGCCAAGUGAGGUGGCAGCACCUGCCGCAGAUGAGGAAAAAGACCCUUCGAUCGCUAUGGACCGGUCCUUUUUGAGUCUACUUCCAGGCCAGUCCCUCACAGACAAACUUUACAACAUUUGGAUUCGCCUUCAGAGUCAUGUCAAUAUUGUGUUUGAUAGUGAGAUGGACAAAUUAAUGAUGGAAAAGUACCCUGGCAUUAGACAGAUCCUGGAGAAGAAGGAUGGUUUAUUCCGGAAGCACAUGAUGGGAAAGCGAGUAGACUACGCAGCUCGCUCAGUCAUCUGCCCCGACAUGUACAUCAACACCAAUGAAAUCGGAAUUCCCAUGGUGUUUGCCACAAAGCUGACCUACCCUCAGCCAGUCACCCCCUGGAACGUUCAGGAGCUGAGGCAGGCGGUCAUCAACGGCCCCAGUGUGCACCCAGGAGCCUCCAUGGUCAUCAACGAGGAUGGCAGCCGCACGGCCCUGAGCGCCUCGAACCUAACCCAGCGGGAAGCCGUGGCCAAACAGCUCCUGACACCAGCCAUGGGGGCACCUAAGCCCCAGGGGACAAAAAUUGUAUGCCGGCACGUGAAGAAUGGGGACAUUCUCCUCCUGAACCGGCAGCCCACCCUGCACAGGCCCUCCAUCCAGGCGCAUCGCGCCCGCAUCCUGCCCGAGGAGAAGGUCCUGCGGCUCCACUACGCCAACUGCAAGGCCUACAACGCCGACUUUGAUGGCGACGAGAUGAACGCCCACUUCCCUCAGAGCGAACUGGGCCGGGCCGAGGCCUACGUCCUGGCCUGCACGGAUCAGCAGUACCUUGUUCCCAAGGAUGGCCAGCCGUUGGCAGGGCUGAUCCAAGAUCACAUGGUUUCGGGUGCAAACAUGACCAUUCGAGGCUGCUUUUUCAGCCGGGAGCAGUAUAUGGAGCUGGUGUACCGAGGACUCACCGACAGAGUGGGGCGCGUGAGGCUCUUUCCUCCUGCCAUCCUGAAGCCCUGUCCGCUGUGGACAGGAAAGCAGGUUGUGUCCACGCUGCUCAUCAACAUAAUCCCAGAGGAUCACGUCCCACUGAACUUGUCAGGGAAGGCGAAGAUUGGCGGGAAGGCCUGGGUGAAGGAGUCUCCUCGGCCCGUUCCUGGCUUUAACCCCGACUCCAUGUGCGAGUCCCAGGUGAUCAUCAGGGAAGGGGAGCUGCUCUGCGGGGUGCUGGACAAGGCGCAUUACGGGAGCUCCGCCUACGGCCUGGUCCACUGCUGCUACGAGAUCUACGGCGGGGAGACCAGUGGCAAGGUUCUCACCUGCCUGGCCCGCCUCUUCACCGCCUACCUGCAGCUCUACAGAGGCUUCACUUUGGGCGUGGAAGACAUUUUGGUCAAGCCGAAGGCAGAUGUCAGGAGACACAGGAUCAUUGAAGAGUCCGCCCACUGUGGGCCCCGGGCUGUCAGGGCUGCGUUAAACCUUCCAGAAGCGGCAUCGUGUGAUGAGGUCCGAGGGAAGUGGCAGGAUGCCCAUCUGGGCAAAGACCAGAGGGAUUUUAACAUGAUUGAUCUGAAGUUCAAGGAGGAAGUGAACCAUUACAGCAAUGAAAUUAACAAGGCAUGCAUGCCUUUCGGCCUGCACAGACAGUUCCCAGAGAACAACUUGCAGAUGAUGGUACAGUCUGGAGCCAAAGGUUCAACUGUGAAUACCAUGCAGAUCUCGUGCCUGCUGGGCCAGAUCGAACUGGAAGGUCGGAGACCCCCGCUGAUGGCAUCUGGCAAGUCACUGCCCUGCUUCGAGCCUUAUGAGUUCACCCCCAGGGCUGGCGGCUUCGUCACUGGCAGAUUCCUCACCGGCAUCAAGCCUCCUGAGUUCUUCUUCCACUGCAUGGCCGGGCGAGAGGGUCUGGUGGACACCGCUGUGAAGACCAGCCGCUCCGGCUACCUCCAAAGGUGCAUCAUCAAGCACCUGGAGGGGCUGGUCGUCCAGUACGACCUGACGGUCCGCGACAGCGACGGCAGCGUGGUGCAGUUCCUGUACGGGGAGGACGGCCUGGACAUCCCCAAGACACAGUUCCUGCAGCCCAAGCAGUUCCCCUUCCUCGCUAGCAACUAUGAGGUGAUAAUGAAAUCAAAGCACCUCCAUGAAGUUUUAUCCAGAGCAGAUCCCCAGAAAGCUCUCCGCCACUUCAAAGCCAUCAAAAAAUGGCAAAGCAAGCAUUCCAACACCCUGCUGAGAAAAGGCGCCUUCUUGAAUUAUUCCCAGAAAAUUCAAGCAGCUGUGAAAGCCUUGAACCUCGAGGGCACAAACCAGAACGGCCGCAGCCCUGAGACUCACCAGAUGUUGAGGAUGUGGGCUGAGUUAGACGAGCAAAGCCGGAGGAAAUACCAGAAGAAGGCGGCUCCUUGUCCUGACCCCAGUCUGUCUGUCUGGCGCCCAGACAUCUACCUUGCAUCAGUGUCAGAAACGUUUGAAAAGAAGGUGGAUGGCUACAGUCGCGAGUGGGCAGCUCAAGCAGAGAAGAGUUACGAGAAAUCGGAGCUCUCUCUGGACAGGCUGAGGACUCUUCUGCAGCUGAAGUGGCAGCGCUCGCUGUGUGACCCGGGAGAGGCCGUGGGCCUGCUGGCCGCACAGAGCAUCGGGGAGCCCUCCACACAGAUGACCCUGAACACCUUCCACUUUGCCGGCAGAGGCGAGAUGAAUGUCACCCUGGGCAUUCCCAGGCUGAGGGAGAUUCUCAUGGUGGCCAGCGCCAACAUCAAGACGCCCAUGAUGCGCGUGCCUGUAUUCAGCACCAAGAAAGCGCUGAAGAAAGUGAAAAGCCUGAAGAAGCAGCUCACCAGGGUGUGCCUCGGGGAGGUGUUGGAGAAAAUUGAUGUCCAGGAGUCCUUCUCUAUGGGGGAGAGACAGAACAAGUUCCGGGUGUACCAGCUGCGGUUUCAGUUCCUGCCACACGCGUACUACCAGCAGGAAAAGUGCCUGAGACCCGAGGACAUCCUGCAUUUCAUGGAAACAAGAUUCUUUAAAAUUCUGAUGGAAUCCAUCAGAAAGAAGAAUAGUAAAGCGUCAGCUUUCAGAAGCGUAAACACGCGGAGAGCUACCCAGCGGGAUCUAGACAACGCAGGCGAGUUGGAGAGGAGCCGGGGAGAGCAGGACGGCGAUGAGGAAGAGGAGGGGCACAUUGUGGACGCCGAAGCUGAGGAGGGAGACGCUGAUGCCUCGGACGCCAAACGCAAGGAGAAACAAGAGGAGGAGGUCGAUUACGAGAGUGAGGAGGAGGAGGAGGAGAAGGACAAGGACGACGACGACCUGCAGGAGGAAGGGACCGUCCUCGGGGAAGGCGUUCCCCAGGCCCCGGCGCAGGAGGAGGAGGGGGGCUCAGGCCCCGAGGAGGACUCGCUCCCCGCCGCCCCCCUGACGCAGCCGUGGAAGCCCGCCCGCAGCCGGGAGCCCCAGGGCGCCGAGGCGGUGGAGCGCCGGGUGCGGGCGGUGCGCGAGUGCCACCCGUUCAUAGAGGACUACCAGUACGACACCCAGGGCGGCCUGUGGUGCCAGGUGAUGGUGAAACUCCCUCUCAUCAAGGUCAACUUUGACAUGAGCUCCCUGGUAGUGUCCCUGGCCCAAGGCGCCGUCGUCUACGCGACCAAGGGCAUCACGAGGUGCCUCCUGAACGAAACCACCAACAGUAAGAACGAGAAGGAGCUCGUCUUAAACACAGAAGGCAUCAACCUCCCGGAGCUGUUCAAGUACGCCGAGGUCCUGGAUUUGCGCCGCCUCUAUUCCAAUGACAUCCAUGCCAUGGCCAGCACGUACGGCAUCGAGGCCGCGCUGCGGGUGAUCGAGAAGGAGAUCAAGGAUGUGUUCGCCGUGUACGGCAUCGCCGUCGACCCCCGCCAUCUCUCCCUGGUCGCUGACUACAUGUGCUUCGAGGGUGUUUACAAGCCACUGAACCGCUUUGGGAUCCGGUCGAACUCCUCCCCGCUGCAGCAGAUGACGUUUGAGACCAGCUUCCAGUUUCUGAAGCAGGCCACCAUGAUGGGAUCCCGCGAUGAGCUGAGGUCCCCGUCAGCCUGCCUCGUGGUCGGGAAGGUCGUCAAGGGCGGGACAGGCCUCUUCGAGCUCAAGCAGCCCCUGAGAUAGCAGCCCCUGCGCACUGGCCACCUGGCCUGCCCGUCACAGGAGAGGACCGGGAGACCGGAGUCCCGGGCGGUUCGUGGUGACAGUGCAGAGCCCGGCAGUGACUUUGGGGGGGUCCAAAAAGCAGCCGGCCUCUGGGCUGGACCGGCUUCACCUGGAAAGUGGCCACAUUGCUCAUCCUCGCCCCUCCCAUCUCAGGAUGCGCACGAGGUUCACCAAGUCCCCCGAGCCCCUCCGAGGCGGCCGGACCUCCGCCUGUGCUGCAGGAGGCCUUGGAGGUGGAACCCCCUGGCGCCCCCAGGGUAGGGGCGCGAGGUCUCAGUGCUGCGAGCAGCCAGUGACUGCAGGCAGGCUCCCUGCUGCUCCGUGGCCUGCUCCUCCUGGCUACGCCAGCCCCUGGGGACAGAGUCCCCAAAGAGUCCCCCGCUAAGCCCCUUUCUCUGGAACAAGCACAGGAUGGUGGAGACCUCCACCCACCCAGCUUCUGUGCCUGGGGCAGAGCCCUGGCCCUGCUGGCAUGUGGCUGCGUGUCCUUCUGAACCGGAUCAGCCCUGAGUCCGGGGCUGGUCUCUUCGGGGCCCCAGCAGCUCACCCCCAGACAUAAAACCCUGGAUCCCCAGCCGGGCUGUACCGCUUGAGCAAGUUGCCCGGCUGUCUUUCCCUAGCUCUGCUCUCAAGCCAGCACUGAGGCCUGCGUCCCUGUGCAGGCUCUGCCCCAUCCGGGAUCAUCCGGGCUCCCUUGACCUCUGGUACCCGCAGCAAGGGGCCUUGGCAUGGACAGAAAAGUCAGAGGACUUGUACCGAGGCUUUGUAAAACCAGAGGCUGUUUCUAUUUUUGUCUAAUGUUAUUCCAACUCAGGCUGAGUAAUAAACAUCACUGGAACUAGCUGUUGGGAGGAAAAAAA